AUGGCCGGCCAGUCCAAGGUCUCGCCGCCCAUACGGGCCCGCACCGUGAAGAGCAUCAUUGCCCACCUAACGCAGCUCUACCUCCAGAACCGCACGCGCAUCUCCCGUGCCGUCUACCUAACCCUCUUUGUAGCCCUCAUCAACCGCGUGCGGCACGCCAUUGCCGAGCAGAAGGCCGCCUCGCAGAGGGAGGCGGCCAAGCGCGCCGAGCGAACGGGUACCAUAUCCGCCGCUGGGGCAGGUGACACGGAUGCCACGAAGAAGAAGAGGGUCGAGCUCAACCGCGAGUUCUUCCGCUCGCUGCUGCGGCUGCUGCGCAUCGUGGUGCCCGGCUGGCGCAGCAAAGAGACUCGUCUACUUAUCAGCCACAGCUUCUUUUUGGUUGUUAGGACGCUCAUCAGUCUCAAGGUCGCGGCGAUGGACGGUGCAAUUGUGAAGAGCCUCGUGAAGGGCAACGGCAAGGAGUUCCUGAUGCGCAUCGUGUGGUGGAUGUUGAUUGCUGUGCCGGCCACCUUCACAAACUCCAUGCUGUCAUGGCAUCAAGCCGAGUUGUCACUGAAGUACCGCACGCGAUUGACGCAACAUAUCCACGACAAAUACCUUUCACAGUUGACGUUCUAUGGCAUCUCUGCGCUUGACGACAGGAUAAAGAAUCCCGACCAGCUGAUUGCUGUUGAUGUUGCGAAGUUCUCUAACAGUCUGGCGGAACUAUAUAGUAACCUGGCGAAGCCCAUAUUAGACAUGACAAUAUAUACAUGGUCGCUCUCCAAGAGUGUGGGCGGGGAAGGUGUAGUCUUUAUGUCACUGCUCGUGCAGCUUUCCGCAAAUGUCAUGCGGGCGCUUACGCCCCCAUUCGGGAAAUACGUUGCGGACGAAGCGCGCCUGGAAGGCGAGUUCCGUUUCCAACACUCCAGAUUAAUAGACCACAGCGAAGAGGUGGCGCUGUACUCGGGCCAUGAAGUCGAGAAAGACACGCUCGACAAGGGGUACUUCACCUUGAUCAAGCAUGUCAACUAUAUCCUCCGACGGCGCUUCUACCAUGGAUUCAUGGAAGACUUUGUUAUCAAAUAUUUCUGGGGAGCGCUAGGACUGCUGUUGUGCAGUGUCCCCGUGUUCUUCAAGAUCCCUGGCCAGGUAGCCUUGAACAUGGGAGACAGGACCGAGACAUUUGUGACAAAUCGUCGCAUGUUGCUAUCCGCUUCCGACGCAUUUGGCAGAGUCAUGUUCUCAUACAGAGAAAUUAUGGAGCUUGCUGGCUACACAUCGCGAGUUGCUACCCUGUUGGAAGUCAUGGAUGACAUUCAAGCGGGCCAGUUCGAGAAGAGGCUGGUGUCUAGCGCUGGCACUGAGGAUAACGCAGCUGUGCUUAAGGGGAGAGGUAAGGUCAUUGAGAGCAAGGACAUUGAGUUCAUUGAUGUCCCCAUCAUCUCGCCCAACGGCGAUGUUCUCGUCAAGGCCCUCUCAUUCUCCCUCAAGCAAGGCGACCAUCUGCUGGUUGUUGGACCCAAUGGGUGCGGCAAGUCCUCACUCUUCCGCAUUCUUGGUGGUCUCUGGCCUGUAUAUGGUGGCACUGUUUAUAAGCCGCCCUUCACCGAUAUCUUCUACAUCCCGCAGCGGCCAUACCUGUCGCGCGGCUCCCUGCGGCAGCAGAUCACCUACCCCGACGGCCUACGCACUAUGCGUGCCAAGGGUGUCACCGACGCUGAUCUGAUGGAGAUUCUGCGCCUUCUCAACCUUGAGAACCUGGUCGAGCUGUACGACGAGGGGUGGGACGCCGAGGCUGAGUGGCGUGAUGUUCUAUCCGGCGGUCUCCAGCAGCGCGUAGCAAUGGCGCGUCUAUUCUACCAUAAGCCGCGCUAUGCAAUUCUCGACGAGUGCACGAGCUCCGUGACGCUCGACACGGAGAAAGUCAUGUAUGAUAACGCGAAGGCAAUGGGCAUCACGCUCAUGACGGUCAGCCACCGUCGGAGUUUGUGGAAAUACCACAGCCGUAUCCUACAAUUUGACGGGCAGGGCAACUAUGUCUUCACAAAGCUUGAUGCUGACAGGCGGCUGAAGCUCGAGGACGAGAAGGAGGACCUUGAAGUCUUAUUAAGACAGGUGCCAGAGCUUGAGAGGAGAGUACAGGAGUUGACUGCAUCGUAG